AUGACUGAAGGGAGCAAAAGGAAUGAAACAUUAGUCAGUACUGCUGCAUUACCGUCGAUAUUUGAACUAAUCGCGCAGGACAAACUAUCAGUUUCUGUACAACAGGCUGGUCGUCAUAUUGUGAAGUACUUAUAUGAAUCCAAUCCUUCGCGAUAUAAACUGUUAUGGAAAUGGUAUGAUGAAGUAUAUGCAGCUACCGACUUGGUUCUUCAAAAUUUUUAUUUAAAAAGAUACGGAGGUUCACUUGCCGAAAAUUUUUAUGGAAUGAAACGGAUAAUUAAUGGUACAUGUAGAUCAGCCUCAACAGGAUUUCCUAAACUAUGUUCCUUAUUCAUGCUUGUUGGAUGGCCAUACAUUAUGGAAAAAUUAGAAAAGUUUCAUUUGUUAUUGUCAAUGUAUACAGCAGCAAGUAAUUCCAGGCAAUUUCCCAUAAUUCAUAUUCUCGUCAACUACUAUCCAUGGAUCAAAAUAUUAUUCUAUACUUUUAGUUUCCUUCUUAAAAUCGCUUAUAUUUUGUCGCUGUGUAAUGUACAUUCACCGGAACUAAAAUUUGCAAAUGUGCAUUUGGUGAAAUUGAGUGAAAUGGAGUUAGGUGAAGCUAAUAGGAAAAAGUCUUGGCGACUGCUAGCUAUUUUAACUACCAUUCUUACUCGUUGCAUAACUUUUGGUCUUUACUUCAUCCAGUUUCUGGAUUUCUAUUACAAUAGCAAUAUUGGAGAGAAUUUUCGAAUGGAACAGAGAGUAAGAAACUGGAAACAUCCUUCGGCACCUCACAAGAAAUUACGAGAAAGUUCUGUGUUACUUUUGGAAACGAAUAAGUGUCCUCUUUGCUUGCAACAGCGUGUCAAUGAUACGGCACUUGCUGUUUCUGGUUAUGUGUUCUGUUAUGGUUGCAUAUAUUCGUACGUGGAACAGGAAAUGAAAUGUCCAAUUACAAAUUUGCCAGCGAAUGUGGAUGAUCUGAUUAAGAUUUUUGUUCCGCCACCAUAA